UCUAGCUAGCGAUGUAGCGUCGCAGGUUGCUGACUCAAAACUUGUGAUUUUAUUUAACGUAUUUUUUUAAUUUUAUCUUUCUUCGAAAGCUUUAUUCGUUACAUAAGAUCUAGUACAUUUAAGUGAAUCCGAUAUCCACAUUUGCAGCGAAUACCUUGAUCGAAUUAUCGUCCGCUGAAACAUGCGAACAAGAAUACCAUGAAUUAACAAAGUGUCAUCGUCAGGGAGUGUCUUCAAGAGCUUCGCUUUGUCAGUUCUGUUGAAUUUCUCGAAGUCACGUAUCAAUGUUGUGACAUUCUCAAUCGAGAAAUUAAUAAAAUACUCGAAUCUUGAAUCUGGAAAUUAUAAAAUGUCUGUUGUAUAAUUACAAAAUGUCCGUAAUGAUGUCUCGUUUAUUAAUUACUGCGGUGUUUUCGCUAAUCCUCUCACUUCCCGCGUUUGCACAAAAUAUCCUAUAUGGAGAAGAGUACAAGUGUCCCCAACAUUGGAUACAAUUCCAAGAAUCGUGUUAUCGUUUUGUCAAAAGCCCGUUGAGACCACGAGAAGAUGCACGUAGAAAUUGUCAAGCAUUCCAAAGUGAUCUGCUUACCAUUAAUACAAUGGAGGAGCAUGGGUUCGUGCUCUAUCAAUUAUUGUGGCAAGAUCCACAACAUCGCAGAUGGUAUACCGGAAUCAAACUCCAAAAUGGCCUAUGGAUAAACGAGGCAGACAGUACGACAUUGAUAAACAUGGAUAAUGCUUUUCUACCUGAGGACAAUAUAUUAGGAAGAGAUUAUUUAGCGUAUUCCUAUUCCAAUAGUCUCCAGCGUUGGGGACUAGAAAAGGUUACUGGUAGAGAAGAAUUGUUGUAUAUCUGUGAAGCACCUAUUGCUACUCUUCACAACUUGGUGGAAGAGGAUCGUACUUAUCAGUAUGGAAUCAACAUUGACAACCCACUUCAAAUACCAAGGGGACCAUAUUUUAUAAAACAGCCUAUAAACAAAGUAUUCGAUCAGUCAAAGAGAAAUGUAAGAAAUGAUGUCUCUUUAAGCUGUUUGGCAGGUGGUUAUCCUACACCUACUUACGAAUGGUUCAGGGAGACAUAUGUAAAUGAUCUACUUGUUGCAAUAAAAAUAGAUCCUCUUGUAGACAGAAAAUUUACUGUGAGCGGUGGAACACUUAUCAUCUAUGAUCCGAAUUCGAAAAUAGAUUCUGGCUUGUAUCAUUGUAAGGCAACUAACAAAUUUGGCACAAUUAUUUCUGAAAGCGCUGAACUGUCAUUCGGAUUCAUCAAUGAGUUUAAUUUAAAACGUUCCGAAGAGCGUGGAGAUAAUCAUUGGGGUAAAGUAAUGUACUGCGAUCCACCACAGCAUUUCCCAGAUGUAUCAUAUUAUUGGGUGCGUGAAUAUUUUCCCAAUUUCGUCGAGGAGGAUAAACGCGUAUUUGUCUCACAUGAUGGAGCGCUUUACUUUUCUGCUUUGGAAACAAUUGAUCGAGGAAAUUAUUCUUGCUACGUUCAGAAUAUUGCAUUCGAUAUCGGACGUAAUGGUCCAUUCUUUCCAUUAAAAGUGGACAUGCACUCUUCUUUCCAACAGUUGAAAUUUCCUAAUAAUUUUCCAAAAGCGUUUCCAGAAGCACCAAUAGCUGGAGAAACUGUUAGAUUGGAAUGCAUUGCGUUUGGAUAUCCUGUUCCAUCAUACAAUUGGACAAAAAGAGGUUCUAUUUUGCCGCGUGGAGCAUAUACAGCAAAUUUCAAUCGGGUAUUGAUAUUACCUCGUGUACACGUAGAGGAUCAAGGCGAAUAUGUUUGCCGAGUGUAUAACGACAGACUAUCCAUCGAAAAUUCUGUGCAGUUGACCAUACAGGCGACGCCUAAUUUCACCAUCCCGUUGGUUGAUAAGCACAUGGAUGAUCAUGCGGAUUUAACUUGGACCUGUGAAGCAUUCGGCAUACCGGAUGUCACUUAUAGUUGGUUUAAAAACGGAAAACUCUUGGACUCUUUAUCACUUGAAGAGAGAGAUCGUUAUACUAUACAAGAUAAUGUACUAAAUAUACAUCAUGUGGAUUCUGAAAAGGAUCAGGGCAUGUAUCAAUGCUGCGCGAGGAAUCAACUGAGAACAACGUAUUCAUCGGCUCAACUUAGAGUCUUGUCAUUGAAACCUUCCUUCAAGAAACGGCCUAUGGAAUCUGAGACAUAUGCGGCGGAAGGAGGUAACGUUACUAUUAUGUGCAAUCCCGAAGCCGCACCUAGGCCGAAAUUUAUUUGGAAGAAAGAUGGGAAUAUAAUCGGAUCGGGCGGUAGGCGAAGAAUUCUAGAAACUGGAAAUCUUAUUAUCAGUCCGGUAUCACGAGACGACGAAGGGACAUACGUGUGCACAGCAACGAAUCAGUAUGGCAAUGAUGAAACCCGUGGACGACUGAUCGUGCUACGUGGACCACAAUUUGUCCAAAGAUUGCCAUCACAGAUAAUUCUAUAUUAUAAUAAUAAUCUGACAUUACACUGUUUGGGUCAUAUUGACGAAAUGUUAGAUAUAGCGUAUAUCUGGACGCAUAAUGGUAUGCGUAUACGUGAUAAGGAUUUGCAGAAUAAUCCGCGAUUAAAUAUCGAUGGCGAAUAUUUAAAUAUUAUAAAUGCUACAUUCACUGAAGCUGGUGAAUACGAAUGUAUCUUGAAAAGCGCCGUUGGCGCAAUAUCGAGCAAGCUUAAUCUGAUCGUACAGGGACCACCGGGACCACCUGGUGGAGUACAAGUUAUGAAUAUCUUUAAAACUUCAGCCACAUUACGGUGGAGCGACGGUGCCAUGAAUGGCAAACCAAUAACUAUGUAUACAAUCAGUGCGCGAACAGAUUGGAAUCAAACAUGGUUUUCUCUCGUAGAAAAUAUUACAGCUUUUGAAGCGGAUAGAUACAAUGGCCGAAAAGAGGCGAAUCUCGAGAACGUUCUGAAUCCUUACUCCACUUAUGAAUUCCGUGUGCUUGCCUUUAAUGAAUUUGGUUACGGCCCGCCGUCGUUACCCUCACCUCGAUACAGCACUCCGUCCGAUAAACCUGCAAAAGCACCGUCGAAUAUUAGUGGUGGCGGAGGAAAAAUUGGUGAUCUCACGAUCACGUGGGAUCCUCUCAAUCCGUCCGAUCAGAACGGUCCUGGAGUCUAUUACAAGAUAUUCUGGCGUCGCAAAGGAUAUGAAAAGGAAUUUCAGUCGUUAUCCCUGCAGGAAUACGGUAAUAUCGGUAGCAGUGUCGUGCCGAUUCCACAGCAGUAUUACUACACAGAAUACGAAGUGAAAGUACAAGCGAUCAAUGCAAUGGGCGAAGGACCUGUAUCUAAUAUCGAGACAGUCUACAGCGCGGAAGACAUGCCGCAAGCUGCGCCGCAAUUAGUGUACUCCAUGAGUUACAACAGCACUAGCUUGAACGUUACUUGGCAGCCUAUUGAGCAGACCCGCGAGCGAGUGCGAGGCAAGCUGAUCGGUCACAGAAUCAAGUAUUGGCAGAAGACUAUUUCCGAAGAGGAUGCUACUUAUUACUUAUCACGCACUACUCGUCCUUGGUCUCUUGUUGUUGGAUUGCAGCCAGAUACAUAUUAUUACGUAAAGGUAAUGGCCUAUAAUUCUGCCGGAGAAGGUCCGGAGAGUGAGCGAUUCCUAGAGCGAACUUAUCGCAAACCACCGCAGAAACCACCGUCCUCAGUGAAUAUAUAUGGUGUAAACCCAUCAACGAUAAGGGUCGUCUGGCGUUAUGUGACACCGAGUCUGGAGGAAGAACCAUUGAUUGGAUACAAAAUACGUGUAUGGGAAUACGAUCAAGACAUGAGCACAGCUAAUGACACGAUAGUACCAGGUGGUUCUAAACUAGAGGCUUAUGUCAAUAAUCUAAGUCCAGGCAAGAGAUACCGUCUAAGAGUGCUCGGAUUCAGUAACGGUGGUGACGGUCGAAUGUCGAGUCCUACCCAUUCAUUCCAAAUGGGUGACACUGAAGCUUUUAGGAGCAGCGCUGGAAGUAAUAUCUUAGACAUCACUCUGGGGAUAAUUUUCUUGUUGCUUUUACGAAUCUACGAUUACAUAUAAUAUAACAUCAUUAAUAACUGAAG